AUGUCUGCAGCAGCUACACUCACCUUUGAAGAGGUCAAGACCAGAAUCCGUGCAACUGAAAAAGAUGGUGGACCUACUACCUACCGUGACCUUGCACCAGGUUACGAAGCAGUGUUUGAGCAAGUAGAAUGGGCUGCACCGCAGAGCAUUGUUACUAAAUGGAUGGAGCAUUACAGCCCUGAGUCCCUCCAGGCUCAAGCAGCUAGUGGAAGGAAGCAUAGGAUUCUGGAUGCAGGCUGUGGUACUGGGCUAGUAGGUGAAUACAUGAGCACUGUAGUACAAAUGGAUAAUGUUGAGCUCUAUGGUGGUGACAUCACUCCUGAGAUGAUAGAGCAAGCGAAAAUGAAGAAAAACGCAGGCUACAUGGAUUUUAAAAUCAUCAAUUUGAAGAAAGAGCUUCCAUACGAAGAAGAGUAUUUCGACAGCAUCGUAAGCUCCGGAGUAUUUUACGUUGCCCACUGCGGUCCAGAUUGCCUUCCCAACAUAUUCAGGGUACUGAAGAAGGGUGGUAUCCUUGUUACCACUUCUCGUAAAGCAUUCUACGAAGAGACAAAAGAGGGUUGGGAUAAGUACAUAAGAGAAUCUAAUUGCACACUGCUGGAAGCAGUUGACAUACCUUAUCAUACAUUGGCAAAAGGAAUAAGUCUUGUUAUCAAGAAAAAUUAG